AUGCGUCCCUCUCUCAUUCUCCGGGCCACCCAGCACCGGACUCCCUUGAUUAAAUUCAUCGGAAAACACAAUCCACCAAAAACAUUAGACCACACACCCAAGCCCCAUCCUGCCUCACCAACUCAUUCCCUCCCCGACAGCUUCAAAACCUAUCGCUCCAAAGCACAACAGCAUGGUCCUCUAGGUGGCCAAGGUCACGCUUCUCCGUUUCAAGCACCCACCUCAGGCAUAAUGACCUACGGACGUAUCGGCGGCACUCCAGGGGAAUUGCUGGGGCCGGUUGAACCCAAGGACGGCGAGUACUUUGACAGAAAUGACCUUCCGAAGAGGUUCUGGAGAGCACAGUGGACAGAAGAGGAGAUUGAAGCAGUGAAUAGUGGCGGGGCCGGCUUGUUUGCGUGA